AUGUCUCUAGCAGAGGCAUACUCCCUCGCUCACACCGCCCAGACCCGACUCAAUCACGAAGCAGGUCGUCCCGAUCGCCAUCUCCGCUAUGUCGUCGGCCACCUCAUGCACUACGAGUCUCUUCGCCUACGAAUCGUCGACAUUGAGAACGAUCUUGCCACGAGACGACGAUCGAUCCAAUUCCAUAGGUUCCAACACCGACCAUCCUCACUGUCGAAAGUGGCCUCAGCACCACUACCUCCAACGGCUGGACAAUUAGACGAGGACGAUACCGAUGAGGACGAUGGCGACAACGAUGACUAUGACGAUGCAAUGUUCCUCGACGGCGAAGAUGCGGACGACGAUCUCUCCCUCUCCCGCUUCCCUUCUCGAGCCAGCCUGGCUUCUCCGCCUACCUCUCCCACGGAACCACAAUUCCAUCACGAGUUACACGACCCGGAACCAGAUCUUUCGUACUCGCCCUCCGCUUCCUCGGACGAAUAUGACGAGGACGAAGAUACCGAGGACGAGUCGGACUUCGACGAUGCAUGUUUGGUCGCGUACCCCUCUCAAUCACAUACCAGACCGCAGUUGAGGAUACGAACACCUUCCGAUGAUGGACUGUACGAAGGCAUGGCGGAGCUGGGCUUAGGAAAGAAUCUACCAGGUGUAAGAAGAAGAGGAAGCAGCACGAGAGGUUCCGCGAGGGUUCUGAGCCACAUUGAGCAGCUUGAGCGUGGGCAAACGAACGGCAGCAAGAGCAGUGAUGGAGUCGGCGUUCACGUCGAGGCGAUCGAGAUCGAUGAGGCGUAGGAUACCGCUGUCAUUCGCAUUGGACAUCACGAGUGUGACAACGGCGCCGCCAGGGAGGUAACAUGCAUUUGGCAGAGGAGUUAUUGGACGGCAUAUACUAUGGACACAUCUUGGUCGAGACGCGACUUGUGGUGAUGGAAGGUGCAAAAGCAUGGCAUGGAGCGAAUGAUACUGGAACGAUGAUACCCAACUCUUAAAAAAUUUAUGCCACGGCGAAACUGGAUAUGGUGAUGAAGACGAGGCCACAGGACGGCUCCGAAUGUACAGCAACACAGUCCCGAAGCAUACCUAC